UUGACUGAAAAAUAAUAACAUGCAAUAAGCUACAUAAUUCUUUCUGGUUGUAAACAUGGCUGAUGUUCUUAGCUCACCAUUGUUGGAGGAAGAGGAGGAAGAUAAUGAUAUCAGUAACCAUGAAGUUGCUAGCAGAGAGAAUAUCAGAUUGACAGACCUGGAUAGUAUUGCUAGUUUUCAACAGUUGAUAAAAGAAAGUUGGGUAGAGUCAAAGAAACUGUGGAAAAUUGCAGGGCCUGCUAUUUUUAGCAGCUUAUGUUCAUAUUCAAUACUGCUGAUCACAUCAAUAUGUGCAGGCCAUUUGGGUAAUGUGGAAUUGGCAGCUGUGUCAAUUCAAGGCUCUGUUAUUGGACUCUUGGCUUUUGGACUCCUGUUGGGAAUGGGCAGUGCAUUAGAAACCCUUUGUGGUCAGGCUGUCGGAGCAGGCAAACUUCAAAUGCUUGGAGUGUAUUUGCAACGUUCAUGGUUAAUAUUGCUGGGUACAUCAGUGCUUUUGAGUUUUAUUUACAUCUUUGCUACCCCAAUUCUUAAGCUGCUGGGACAGGAGGAUGAUGUAGCUGAUCUAGCAGGAGAGUUUGCACUUUGGAUGCUACCACAGCUGUUUCUCUAUUCAUUAUAUUUCCCAAUGCAAAAGUUCCUUCAGGCACAAAGCAAACUCAUGGCCAUGGCUUGGAUUGCCUUAGUCACAUUGAUAAUCCAUGCCUUUUUGAGUUGGUUAUUAAUAUUCGAACUGGGUUUGGGGUUAGUUGGAGCAGCUAUUACAUUACAUAUAUCGUGGUCUCUUAUCGAUAUCAGUCAGUUUUUGUAUAUUGUUUACUUUUUCCCAGAUACUUGGAAAGGAUUCUCCUGGCUUGCCUUUCAUGACCUAUGGCCUUUCAUUCGACUUUCAGUGGCUUCGGGUGUGAUGUUAUGUUUGGAGAUCUGGUAUAUGAUGUCACUGAUUAUUAUGACGGGUAAUUUGAAAAAUGCAACAAUUGAAAUCGAUGCGCUAUCUAUCUGCAUGAAUUUGAACGCAUGGGAAGCCAUGAUCUUCAUCGGUUUUAAUGCUGCCAUUAGUGUGAGAGUAUCGAAUGAACUGGGAGCUGGUCACCCGAAAGCUGCAAAAUUUGCUGUCCUCAUCGUGGUUCUAACAUCAUUGUCGAUUGGCCUUAUAUGUAUGGCAAUCAUUCUUGCAACCAAAAAUGAUUUUGCAGUACUAUUCACAAGUAGUGAAGUGGUCAUGAAAGCAGUCUCCACUAUGGCAAUGUUACUUGGAGUGACGAUGCUUUUGAAUAGUGUACAACCAGUUCUAUCAGGUGUGGCUGUAGGCGGAGGUUGGCAAAGUCUGAUAGCCUAUGUAAAUGUAGGGAGCUACUAUUGUUUUGGAUUACCUCUUGGCCUGCUUAUGGGAUAUAAGUUCGACCUUGGAGCGAAGGGCAUUUGGACGGGCAUGAUUUGUGGAACAGCCCUUCAGACUCUUAUUUUAUUGUUAAUCACAUAUUUCACAAACUGGAAUCGAGAGGCUGCUCAAGCCGAGGAUCGUAUGAGGAUAUGGGGAGGAUCAGUUGAGGCUAAUACCAAUCGAUCAUUGAAAGGGGAAGAGAAUGUUGAAUAUGAGAACAUCCCUUAAAAAGUCUAGAAGACCAGUUACGAAAACCUUUGCCAAAUGUCUUCCUCGGAAAAUAUUUGUUCUAAAGAUAAUAUCCAAAAGGGGAUAUUCUGUGAAGAAGAAAAUUUUCCUGAA